UUGUUUAUUGUCAUCAGGAAAUCAAAAAUAAACCACAAUUUUACCAAUAAAUUAUCCGUUUUGCAUUUAUCGUCUUUCCUUAUCAUUAAACACGUAAAUUCCAUCUUAUCGGCCGAGUUUUUUAAAAAUGUUAUAAAAACCCUCCGUUUAAAAUGUUCAAAUUGGAGUCUUAUAUUACUCCCAUUAUCUUGAGCUAUGUAAACAGAUACAUUAAUAACUUUAAACCAGAAGAUUCACAGGUCUCAUUAUGGGGUGGAGAUGCCACAUUCCACAACUUGGAACUUAACCUAGAAGUGCUUGAGCAAGAAUUACAAUUGCCAUUCAGUUUUAUAUCCGGCAGCAUCAGGGAACUAACUAUUCAUGUGCCAUGGACUAAAAUUGCCUCUGAACCCAUAAGAAUCACUAUAAAUACUAUAGAAUGCAUUUUAAAUUUAAAAGGAAAGGGAGUUAGGCCUUCUACCCCAAAGAAAAAAGGCAAAGAAAAAGUGGCAGGACAACACAAAGAUUUCAAAGAAGCCCCUCCAGGUUACAUACAAUCUUUAAUAAACAAAAUAGUGAGCAAUAUUAGUAUACAUUGCAACAAUUUAAUAUUGAAAUAUGUAGAGGAGGACAUUGUGUUGUCAAUUAAUGUUAAACUAUUGAAGUUUGAAAGUGCAAAUGAAAAGUGGGAGCCAGCAUAUACAGAUCUUUCUCCCGCUCAAGUGAUCCUCAGGAAAGUGAUAAGUGUUAACGAUCUAACCCUCUGCUUGGACAAAAGAAAUGCUUCUGGAAAAAUUGAAGUUUACCAAGAACCAAUGCUUUACAGAUGCUCAAUGACUAUGCACUUACUAAGGAACUAUCAUUCCGCCACUGCCAAUGUGGCCUCAACAACAAGACUAGACAUUUAUUGCAACAACAUGGAAUUCAGCAUGACGGAGCAACAAGUGCCAAUGCUCAUGCGGUUAUUAAUGCUCCUCUAUGCUUUGCAACAGAAACAGCUGAAGCCAGAGAGUGAAACUGCCAUCGAUGGGGCCACUACUUCUUCUGAGAACAAAGGUGAAUACCAUGAUGAUAAUGUUUCCUGGACGGGCUGGGCAUGGUCCUAUGUAUCCUCAGUAUUACCAGCCCCUUGGGAGGACGAAUGGGACAGUGAGGACUUAAAAAGUCACCGGGGACAUACUUUACAUUUUGGCAUUUAUAUUGACAGAGCCCUCAUUACUUUUAAGGUCUCAGAAUCAAACUCAGAAAGGGGCUAUUAUUCACACAAAAAAAUUAAGUACCAUCCAAUGCUUACUUUAGACCUGACGGGCAUUUAUAGUGACACAUUAAUCCAUGGGAUCCAGUGGUUUAAUUGCACCGGAGGCAUUAGCGAGGCUCGUCUGGUUCCCGUCGGCAAUUGUAGCUGUGGCAAUGCUGAGGUUAACGAGAAUACUGUGCCUUACUUGAAAAUUGGUGCAUUAACUAAUACACAUAAAAUUGACUCGCUUUUUGACGCACAAGCUAUUGAAAAUAAAGGGGGUAAAAGGGAGUAUAAUACUUCUUGGGAGUACCAUAUGACCACCACAAACGAGUCGAUUUUAUUGGAGAAAACGCCCGCUUUUGCUUUUGAUUAUGUGUAUCAGCUGGAGAUACCUAAUGAUUUUAGUAGUGAGAUGAUUUCGGACUUGGGAAGCAAUUUCGAGUUUAGUAACCUUACUGAAGAAUCGUCUUUACGCCUGUGCUUCGGACCUUUCAAACUUCGUAUCUGUUCUGGUCUAUUGCACCGAUUUGCAACCCUCAAUGUGGCCGCUUCUUACUACGAUUAUCCUCCUUACUAUGUUCCUAAGCCAGAUCUCCCUUUGGAGGACUUACUCCCGCCCUCCUCAGAAGAUUUCGAUGCCCUCAGUGAGUUUAUUCCGCAAAGAAGUAUAAGGAUCACGUUGUUCGCCCCUAUGAUCGAGCUGGAACUGAUGGACCAUCAACUUUUUGAACCUGUUAAAGGUUUUUUGUUUAGAAAGAGUCAGAAACUGUCGACGUCAUCGAGCAUCCCCAUCAGUACUGCGGUGUUGCCGAAAGUAACCCUCGAAAGUCAAUUUAUUGACAUAAGUCAAACCUAUCCGAUGUACGUGAACCGUUUGGUGCACACUACUUGUCAACUGCCCGAACCGCCCCAGAAAUUAUUCGAUGCCUGUUUUGUGAAAAAAUCGGUCAAAGUUGUCGGUUUAUUAAGCCGUUUGGUGACCAAUCCGGUUUGUCAGAGCAUCAUUUUGGCCCCGAGCAGUAUAUCUUAUGGGGCAAAAACGAUUUUAAGCCCACAGUACUGGACCAAUUCGGAUAUCCCGCACGAGGACGUCGUUUUCGAAAGCGAAAGUCUGAAUUUGAAUGGCACCAAAGCGAAAAUGUUGGUGGUUUAUAAUAUUGUCGAGCGGUUUUUGGCUCGGGAACCGGACGCGUUUGGCAAGAGCAUUUAUAGUUCCAGUUUGUUAGCGGAUGCCUGUAAAGAUUAUGGUUUCCCCUAUAUGGAGAUAUCAAUAGAAGGCAUCCGAUUUAAACGAGUAGUAACAAACUCAACCCAAACCCUUGACGCGAGCGUAGACUCAAUAAAAGCAUUUAUAUUCGAAUCUGGCGACAUAAAAAGUAACAAUCUCCAGCAAGUUUUGUUUAUUAGCGGCCCAGAAACCACCGUACCGCACAACUUAGAGAGUUCCCCACUGCUGACGGCAACAAUACAGUUCCCGCUAAAACCCGAACGUCAAGCGCAUCCCCCCAUAGUAAUUUUCAAUUUGCAAGAGAUUCGGAUCUGUAUUGACCCGUUACUAUGCAAAUGGCUACUGUACGUGCCAAGGAGCUACUUGUUCAGCGAUAUAUUAUUGGAUCCAUGUCUAGGCAAAACGAAAAAUUACUCAGAAGCGAGCGGCAGCAUAAAGGACACAUCCAGACGGCUCAGUGGGAAUCACCUUGAGUCCGUGCACAGCAGCUCAGACCGGGAACACCAUAGGGUAGCUCAGAAGCAAGUUGUUUCUGAGCAAGUUGCAGGGAAACAGGAGCCGAUUGACAUGCAGGAAAAAAUCUACAAUUUCUUAAAAGUGUGGUUCGAAGUGUGGAAGGGCAUGUACUUAUACGGAGACGUUUCUCAGUGCACCGUUUAUUGCCCCAUGGACUCUUUAUCGGCCAUUGGUUCUCAGGGUAUUCAAGAAGCAAUCGAACAAGCUAUAAACCGCAACGACCCUCCGGACAUACUGGUCAUCACUUUACCGUUCGCCAACAUUCGCAGUGCCCAAAGGCAAAACGUCGCCGAAUAUUUGAACAAGCUACCGGUGACCCUACCGGACUCUAUAUGGACUCCCGAGAAGUCCAGUUUUCCCUGGACAAUGUCUAUAUCGGAACUGAGCUGUUUCACGAUGCAGCGUGGGGAAAAGUUGAUUUUUUUAAAGCCGGUUUCUCUGAGUGCCACCGUGGGACUCUCGACCAGGCCUUCUAAGGGUGCGAAUCCCGCUCAGACCCCUAAAAGUCCUGAAAGUACUGCCAAAAAAGUUGGCUCCGGACCUAAAAAAGAACCUUCGACGACAGACCAAAAACGUAAAUUAACAAAAACCUCCGCAAUAACAGUGCCCCAAAGCGGGGCGAGCAGUUCAAAAGCCCAAUACAACAAAAGUCACACGAGUAGCCCCCCAAACAGCCCCGUCGGUAGAAAGGGGCCACCAAGAAAACCGCAGAGCAGCCCUAAAAGUUCCAAAAUCGAAAUCGGCUAUUUAGGGGUGUGCGUCCAUAUCGACACCACUCCGGUAGUAAUAUCGACCUCGGAGGUGCAAGUGUAUUUAUUCGCGAGCAUUUUAUAUGGAAUUAUGGAGGUUUUUAGUAAUUUAUUGCCCGCCGGCGGGGGUGAGAAGCAACUUGGUAAGAUCGCGAGGGAUACAUCCGCACCAGUUUUCACUAAGGAUAAUUCCACCUUAUCGGCUUCCCUGCUAAGAGAAACCGCCACUGCGGAUGACGUAAGCGACAAAAGCCCCCCGCCACUCAACGUGACGGUGACAAGUGACAGUUUUGACAGUAGCGAUUCGGUGAAAUUAACGGCGUGGGUGCAAUGGACCAUCACCAGGUUCACCGUGGAGCUGUUGUCCAGCGAGUUUAUUGGUACGAAAUGUAAAAAUACUCAAAGCCACGAAAGGUCGGGUCCAAUUCAGCCGAGACUAAAACUAGUCCUGGACGCCGAAGAUAUCGUCAGCUCAUUGGACUUUCAAAGCAUCUACUUAAAAGUCAAAAGCAAAAUCGGAUCAGCUUCGAUACAGCACUACGAAAGAUUAUCGCCGGUGUCAAAGUGGCAACCGGGCGCCUUUUCCGGUAUAGUGAUGCGGCUGCGGGACGAUCUGGCAACGGGACGUCAUCAUCCGCAACGUCAGGAGCAGGACAGCAGUUUGGUGUCGGUAACGAUCACUAGGGCGAGCUGUCAGCACACGCACACCCUCUGGGGCGCAGUACAAAAAAGGAACAAAGAGAAGAAACCGGAAGCGGAUCCGGAACUGUUGUCGAAACACCGAUACAUUACGGAAAUUGUCGUGAAUGUGCAACCGUUGGAUUUUGUCGUCUCGUUGUAUACUUUGAGGAGUUUUUAUAUGGUUUUGGUUCCGCUCCUAAAUAUCCCCGGUCAUACACCAGAACUUCGAAAGACCGACUCAACGAACGUCAAUUUUCUGUCGUCUGUUAGCAAUCAAACGCUCCCGCUGGCCUAUCUUGAUUGUCAGGAUGUCAGGGUGAUCAUGCCCUCGAAAGAACUAUGCGGUAGUGGUACUCUACACGACGUGCUGGUGUUGCAAUUGCAAAAAAUCAGCUUGAACCCUCAGGCGGUGAAUCCCAUCUGUCGGAAUCCCAUAAGGCCCGAUAUUUAUGAUCAGGCGGCUCAUGCACGGAUUUUACACGUGCCAGGUAGUGAAGUGGAAGACAGACAAUACCAACUGGACAUAACGGGUAUAUCAAUCUGUACCGGCCGAUGGGAAGACAUAAGUGCGAUUUUAACGCCCUCAAGUGACUUAUUAUCGAAUUUGCGAGGCAUGAGCGAAAACCCCGCGUUAGAAUGGAACAUUCUAGAGCAAGGUCAACCUAAUACGAUGCCCUCUUUAAAUUUGAAAAGCAUUUUAGAGAAGUUUGACUUGACGAUAGUGGUGGCUCCCUCUAUGGUAUACAAGGAUAACACCACGAUAUGCGGCCACGCGACGGAAGUGAAUUUAGUCAGCGAUAUUUUCGUUUAUUUGUCCCUACAGCAGAUCAAGUUGGUUUCGACGAUUUUUACCGAGUUUGUUUUACUGAUUACGCCUUUAAUAGUCGAGGAUGGGAUAUACAAAAAGCCGACCAUAAGAUUUCCAUAUUCACGAUUUGAAUCUGCACCGAGCGACAAACUGUCCGAAAAGGAAUUGGUUGUGGUGCGGGCCAGUAAAGAUUCCGGAUUCGAAACGUCCGACGUCAAAAGUGUCCAAUCGUCCAAGGUUAUAAACUCCCUGACGAGACAACUGAGCGCCGACAGUAACAAUGAGAAACAGCAGAUUUUUCCACGACCCCCGAACACUGUUCCCUACGUUUUGUCUGUGCCGCUAGAGGUCACCUUUACGGCGGGAAAAGUUGCUGUUACGUUGUACAAUUGCGAGGAUGAACGUAGCGGUGGUGGUGUUGUCAAACACAGGCGGAGGAAAAGGAUAUCGAAAAGGACAGACGAGGAUCAAGGAUACGAGGCGUCUGAAGAAAGUACGGACGACAAAAGUGACAGUUUUAACAAAUACGAGCCCCUCUUGUAUCUUUGUUUUACGCAGCCGAACGCGUUUUAUUCAAAACAACAACUGGGAAGAAAAUUUCAGGUGUCCUGCUUUGACAUAAACUUCAAACUGAGCGGUCCGGAAUAUACCUACGUGACUCACAUCCCUUGCCCGAACGAUUUCCCAAUAAGUCUGUUGGAAACGAAACUGGGCACUCCGAAUCCCCAGAAUGGCAUCCUGCCCGCCUUUUUCACCCUAAAAUACAUUAAAGGCGUAGGUAAAAACUCGAAAAUCGAACUGGAAAUCCUGAAACCGACCAAGGUGCUUUGCCAGAUGUCCAAAUGGAGCCAUCUGUUGUCGAUUAAGGAUAAACUGGUGGAUACUUUUAAUAGCGGCGGGGGUUCUGAGAGUUUUUUGGCCCUAUUAAAGGCUGCCAAUAGCAUGAAAAGAGAGGAAACCGCGUCACUGAGAGCGGCGAAAAACGUGGAAACUUUCAACAAGUUUUACCGCAUUAAAACCUUAUUAGGCUCGACCAACUCCCUCUCACUUAAAUUCGAUCAACUAAUUUUGGCGGUUACGUCAGAAAGCGGCCACGAGUUGCACGUGGGCAUGCGCGAACUGAAAAGUCAACUCUUCUUAGCCACCAGACCGGAAAAGUUAUGUUUGAUGACCACAUUCGAUUGUUUAACUUUGACAGUUAUUUAUGACAGUUUUCGCAAGUUACUGCUCAAUCCGUGGACUGUCACUUUCGACGUGUGCGUUUUUUGGGAGUCUUGGCAGGACUCUGAUAGCGAACCGCAGAUUCAGCUGACCGCGGAGAGCGAAUGUAUUUUAGUAGACGUCACGGCUGAACAGAUCCGAUGUCUGGAAAUGGUCAUAAAAGAUCUGCAAGAGUUCACGGCCAUGUUGCCAAAUCGCGAGGAUAAACCUGAUGAGGAGCUGGCAACGUUUGAUACCAAAGCUGUCGAGAAAGAUCAACAUUAUAAGGACGAUUUGAGGGCUGGGGCGUUCCAGUUUGUCGACUCGAAUAGCGAUAAUACCGAUGAAAUGCCUUUGCCCUAUCAGGUCAUGUUUUGGACAAAGAACAUCUCGGCAAUGGCGUGGCGCUACCCCCAACCGCGGGCCCUAACAAAAGUCCGUAUUUUCCCCGUGCCUUAUAAGAUGGCGCUGAACACACACGACAGUUUAUCCGUUUUAUGUCAUUUGGAGUAUUGGUCCGAGUGCCGUAAUUGCUACUUACCCUACACGCAGUUUUGCCUCUCCGAAAGCGAAAUUUGCCACUUAACUUUACCCGAUGGCAACCCAAAAACCGUAGUGGCUAGCACCUGGAGGGUGGUAAUAAACACCAUCGAUGACACCUCGGAUGAGCCGAUUUUGGACAAAGGUCAAAUUUCACCCAGAGCUUUGGCCGCUUGUAUGAGAAUCGACUCGUAUUUCAAUAAAACUCUCAUUCCGAAUCUGAAUGUCGCCCUCUAUAUCACCAAACUGGAACUCGCUCUAUAUAAUUACUUCCCCAAAGGCACCAGGGUGAAACUGCCGGAGUGCUUAAGGAAGUACACGUGCGACAACAGUUUUCCGGAAAGUCAAAAGUUUUUGACGGUCAGUUUGGAGAAUGUGAGUUGCUACACGAGCACGUGGAACUUUGAGGUCGUGUUGAGCGAGUUGAGUUGCUCGGUGAGAUCGGAAGUGUUGGAUUACGCUUAUUUGACCGAGCAGACUUUCAUUGAGCCAUUCACCUCGAAGUUAGAACUCUGCCUCUUCAAGGGUCUACAAGUGAACUUCAUUUCCAAACCGGUUCAAAUGAAGUUCGGCCCGUCCAUAGCCCACACUUUGGCCAUCAGCGGUCAAAUGUGGACCCAAAACUACAUCAACGAAAAUCAGGACUUGGAUUUUGUUAUCGUUACAAGAUACGCGGUGUGUAACGACACUGACGUUUGUAUACGUUUCGGGCAAGAGGGGACCGACGAGAAUCUACUGGUGCCUUCCAGAACGUUUCACUUGUAUGCCUGGAAGAGUCAAAAACAAAAGCAAACAUUUAGGAUCAGUUUGGAACAAACCAACUGGACAUGGUCCAAAGGUUUUUCCAUUUACAGCGAAGGAACGCGCAUGAUUCACUUCCCAGAUAGAAAUUUGACGGUUUUCGUGACGGUCAAGAAUGUGUCCAAGACGCAGAAACAAAUCACGUUUUUCGGACAACUAGUCGUUUGUAAUAUGUUGUCCGAGCAUUUCGAAAUGAAGAUAAUGGAGGCGGUGCAAGAAAACAAGGAGCAAGAGUUCAAAAACGCGCCCAGUCACAUCGUGGGCGGUCGUACCGCAGCCCCCAGCAUGUUCGUCGAUAAUCGGAAAAAUUACUUUUUGCGAUUGCGCUUUUUCGGCUUGGAAUCCGCAUGGACCGGGGAUAUACCAUUGAGAGAACACGCCACUGGUUCACAACCCUGGCUGGUAAAAGUCCCAUUACAGGAACGCGGCCAAUUCUUAUCGAUCUGGUGCCGCAUCUUGAUCCAGGACUUCGGUAAAUCGCGCAGAGUGUUGGCCAUGUUGUGGCCCCUGUUCAUGGUCAAGUCGAAUUUACCUAUGAGCGCUAAGGUGCAUAUCGAAACUCCCACUUUAGGGGUGCAUUUGGACUCGAUGGUGAACGGCAGGGGCGAAUUGCAGCAGUUGUACUGUCCCGGUACGAUAGAUCAUUCCCAUCAAAUCACUUUUCAGUUGGAAGAAGGGAAUUCUUCAACAAGCAACCCUUAUGUGCCUUUGAACUAUACAGUGGUAGACCAAAGGGAAUUUUUCAAAAAAUAUCCCAACGAAGACGUGGAAGUCAUCUUGGAGUCGCUAAAUCACUGUUUCGAGUCUAAAUGGCCGUACUUUGAGGAUGAAUUUAAUAACAUAGAGUGGAUAAUGGACGAUAGUCAGCCGUUAACGCACGUACAAGUUAGAUAUCAAAAUGCAUGUCAGUAUUCGUGCGCCCUCUUAGUGGAACUGUUACCGUGGUGUCUUAUGGUAAACACCCUGGGAACCCCCGUGUCAGUGAUGUUAAAUGGUAUCGAACUCUGCAGGGUGCAGCAUCACGGUAUUAUUGCGCCACCUAGACUAGACGAAAACUUCCACUUGGGCGUAUGCAGCAACAGCAACUGGUUCUUCUCCGGCCCGUUACAGCUGGCCAAAAGUGAUUGGGCGCAAAGCUUUUACAUGCCAAAAAUCACUGGAAACAUCCCGUUGGAGGGCACCAUAAAGACCCACAUAAAAUGCGACCUACACUUGUGCAUGCUCUCGAUAACCAGCACGGUAUCGAAUGAAAUCCGACUGUUACGUGUAGGAUCGACGCACGUGCUGUCAAACCAUUUGGCGAGUCAGGUGCACGUCGUUUGUUACGCCGUGCCUGAUUCUAAAAGCACUUUUGACGUGCCCAGCGAUGUGGAGCAACAGUGUUUUACUGUGGUGCCCCAUUUACAAAAAAGUUACUCGGGGAUUCCUAUAAUGCAAUGGUACAUGUUGAAAAGUGACAGCGAGACCUCCGGCACGGAUUAUGUGUUGUACGUUAGUUUUUCCGCGGAUCCGGAAUUGGGGUGGUCUAGUCCUAUCAGUGUGGAUAAGCCUUUAAUUCGGAAGGCCUUCGCUUUGAGCUGUAAAGGGGUGUCGAUGCCAGUAGUACUAACUGCCCAGGAACAAAAAGGCCAAAUUUUCCUCUCCUUACACAACGACCCCAGACCGCAACUUUUAAUUGAUAACAAAACAAACGUGGACUUUUACUGUGGGCAAUCUUUACCCGACGACAGCGGCGUAUAUAAGGAAUCCGAACACUUUAAUUGGAUUUGCAAGCUAAACAGCCACUUCAGCACUUACUACUCCAUGCCAAAAUUAUCCGAAAAGUUUCCGGAGUUGCCACAGGUUUAUUUUGCUGAGAAAAUUUCCUUGGCCUAUGAAACUGGUGACAAUCUUUCCCUAGAAUGGUCCGCUGGUGUAAGCAUAGUGAAUAAUAACGACUUAUUCAUACGUGUACCGUAUUACGGAGACGUCAAGUUGACUAUAGUCAACACGGCUUGCACCACUUUUUUGACCAUAGAGAGUGUUAGUCAAGUUGAAAUAAGUGCGAGGGAUAUCAGGGUCAGAUUAUCGAUGAGGGAAAUGGAGAAAAUGUCACAUUUGAAGGGCGGAAAGGAAGUCGAGACGAUUGUUAAGUCACCUAACUACACAACCGCUGAGAGCAGUUCGUUCCUCAACAUAAACGAACCGAUUGUACCAUUACCAUGUAUUGCGGAACGACACCAAUCGAUGCCAAACUUACCAUUAAACUCCCCUACCGCCGAAGAAUUACAAUACAGGGUGUCCUCCAAAAUUAGCGGACUAGUGGUGAACACUUUGAGUCUAAAGAACGGAUGGGAGAGCAUUAAUCUAAAAAUAUUCGUGAAAAGUUUCGGAAUCACUUUAAUAUCUGACAUAGACGAGGCCAGGGACGAACAUUGGGAGAUCGCCAGUCUGGUCUGCGAUGACGUGACGGUUAUCGCCAACCAAACGCAGCAAAUGAAAGUCAAAGUGACCCUCUCAGACAUCCAGUUAGACAACCAACUGUACGCGAGAGAAUCGUUCGAUUUCCCAGUGGUUUUGGUGGGUCAAGACAAGAAACCCCCCAAGAAAAUCAACAUCCUCAGUGUACCCAUAAGCACUUUAACCGAAAAUACCGAUGAAAACGCUUUAAUAGUUGCCGAGUUCAUAUUGGAAAGUUGGAGAAGUCACUUGGCCAGUUCCAAAUGUCAUACGGGUAUAAAAUCCCUGAAGUUGUCCAUCAAUCCGAUAUCCUGUUACGUGGAAGACAUUUAUGUUACCAGACUGAUGAAUUACCUAAAAGACUUGAAUAUUAUCGAUUUAGUUAUAUGGCCGAAACAUACACAAAUUAGGAAAAUUGGGUUCAACACCAUAGCGGUAAAUGUACCGGAAUUAGUACAGUGGCAGUGCGCCCUUUUGGCUUCACCGUUAACAAUAAAAUCGCUGUAUAUUAGUCCCGUAUCGAUGCUGUUGUCUGUACAUAGUUCGGUUAAGCUGUACAUCGCGCUGGACCAGAGUCCUUUGAAUUUUGCAAGGUUUGAGAGGAAAAGACUGUUUACUUCGUCUUACAGGUUAGGCCACGCCCUAACGAUGCACUACCUCUCCGGCGCCAUCUUUGGAGCCGGUUGGGUAGUGAGCUCCCUAGAGCUCCUGGGAAGCCCCGGCGGGUUGGCCAGAGCAAUGGGAACCGGACUUAGGGAUUUCGUUAGUUUACCAUAUAGAGGUCUCGUGGAGGGACCUAUGGCCUUUUUGAGAGGCAUUACCACGGGCUCGGCCUCCCUUAUGAGACACGUUACAGCUGGAACGUUACAAUCGGUAACGAAAUUGGCAUCCAGCGUGGCCAGGAAUUUGGAUAGACUGACGCUGGACGAGGAACAUCAGAAAAGGACGGAAGAACAGCGGAGGCAGAGACCUCAAGGGGUCGCCCAGGGAUUUAUGCAGGGGAUGACUAGCUUUGGAAUUAGCCUCCUGGGGGCUGUAGGGGGCAUAGCCCACCAUCCCUUACAAUCCAUGAUUAAUUCAGGGGCUUCACCAAGAUCCAUAGCGGCCGGAGUCGGUUUGGGUUUGGUGGGUGUGAUUACGAAACCGCUUAGCGGAGCUGCGGAGCUUGUGGCUAUGACCGGUCAAGGUUUGCUUCAAGGUGCCGGUUGGAAUCCCCUUCCUGAUCCCCGUGCCCGUCCUCAAAUCCUGAAAAUCCAAUUGUCCAACAAUUCCACCCUGAAAUAUCCCUGGAAACUCGUCGACGUAAUCACCACGCCGAUUCUGUUGGUCAUUGAAGCAACCAGCAUCACGCAAACGUCGAUUUUCGCUGCCGUCGCCCUAAUUUUAACGGUCGACAGCGUGUUCGUUAUAAAUCUGGAAGACGACGAAGUAUCCAGGGUGUUUCCUUUAGAAGAAAUCACGGUGGUGCCGAACAGUGAUCCGACCAUAUUGGUUCUGAAACAAAAACCUCCGAGAGUGGCGCAGAAAGACUUGGAAAAGAUAGAGGACGAGUUGGCGGUGAAUAUGGAUCCGGACAUGCGGGCCAGGGUGGCGGAUUACGUCAGGAGUACCGUCGGACUGUUAAAUCCACCUGAAGAUGUUUCCGUGCAUUCCGGGAUCAGUAUCAGUCCAUUAUCCAGUCCGGAAUUAACGGAGGAGCAGAAUGAAACCGAGGGGAGCGUUAUAAAUUUUUACGUUAGCGCACAGCAGUCGCGUUAUUUUAUUUGUUUACUUAAUUUGGCAACGCAGCAGCGGAGCGGCAAUCAUUUUCCCGUUUUGUAGUAGGGGCGCUUUACCAGGGAGUAUUUGCUAGUGAUAUGUAUUUUUGAUACUUUUGUUAAAAUAUAUGAUAAGUUGUUUUUA